UAAGAGGAACAAACUGGCUGAGAGGGCUCGAGUUCAGAUGUUCCCUCAGCCCUGACUUCCCUAUGCAUCCUUGCAUCCCUUCCCUGUCGAUUACAAGAGGGUGUAAUAAUGCCCUCUUUUCUCACUGGCUAUGGUUGCUAACAGGUGCAAACAUAGCUGAGGGAAUGCAUCAUGCUUUGGCACCCUGGAUGUUCAAGAAAGGCUACAAAUGCUACUAACAGCCAGAUUCAAGUCCAGGAGCACCUUAGUGGCGUUUGUCAGAUACAACAAGCAGGGGAGAGAGUUGAGCCUCUCCAGAGCCCCACAGUUCUUGUUGGUCUCUCAGGAGCUACGGGACUGAAAUCUGCCUCUUCCCUUGAGGACCGACAUGGCUGCCCUCUGGAACUAUAAAUGCUAUUAAUAAUGCAGCGUGAGCUCCACGGGCUGACAAGGCCCUCCUGAGACUGAGCUGUUGUUCUGAUGCACUGUGUUGAGCCCGCUUUCUUGUACAUGGAUAAUUUCUGGUGUAGGGAGCAGAUUUCUGGAAACAGUGACAAAGUAGGGCAUCAAGGGCUGUGCUGUGACGAAACGGCAGGAUGUUGCAGCGGGCUCUCGGGUGACUUUUGUGCAGCUGCCCCGUUAGCAUUGUCCUUUCAGCUGUGCUUAUGACCCAGGAAACCGAGCAUUUGAAUAACCAUUUUGAUGGCUAACAAGCCAGAGCUGUUUGGAUAUGUGGAAUGAACCUUCUGCGGUUGCUGUGCGGUUCAGAGCAAUCUGAGCGAUGUACAGUUGAAGCCUGUAGGCACCUUUGAAAGUCUGACACUGGAUGGUGGACACAACCUCAAAAUGGCGGCCACUAAAGGCGGAGCCAGCCACAAAAUCUCAAGAAGUGAGGUCAUGCAUAAGAUGACUCACUUUCCAAAAAGGUGUCCGCGCAUGCUCUAUUGUGCCCAUGGGCACUGUGUAGGGGAAUCCUGAAAUACAGCUCGGGCAAGGAACUGGAUGUGAUAGUAGGAGUUUUCCCAUAGCAUCCACUGUAGCCUUUGAAGUCUGGGAUUGGGAUCAUGGCAGAUGGAGCCCCUGAUCAGCCGCAAUUACAAGGGGGACGUGAACAUGUCGGAGAUUGAUCAUUUCAUGCCGCUGCUGAUGCAGAAGGAGGAAGAGUGCGCCCUGACCCCACUGUUGACCCAUGGAAAGAUCCAUUUUCUCUGGAUCAAGCACAGCAACCUGUACUUGGUGGCCACCACCAUGAAGAACGCCAACGCCUCUCUGGUGUAUGCUUUUCUCUACAAGGUGGUGGAGGUCUUUACUGAAUACUUCAAAGAGUUGGAGGAAGAGAGCAUUCGUGACAAUUUUGUCAUUGUGUACGAACUGCUAGAUGAGCUUAUGGAUUUUGGGUUUCCCCAGACAACAGACAGCAAAAUACUGCAAGAGUACAUCACUCAGCAGGGCAACAAGCUGGAGACCGGCAAAUCCCGCGUCCCGUCCACCGUCACCAACGCAGUUUCCUGGAGAUCAGAGGGCAUCAAAUACAAGAAGAACGAGGUCUUUAUUGAUGUAAUUGAAUCAGUCAACCUGUUGGUCAAUGCCAAUGGCAGCGUCCUGCUGAGUGAGAUUAUGGGCUCCAUCAAGCUGAAGGUUUUCCUCUCGGGCAUGCCCGAACUGCGCUUGGGCCUCAACGACCGAGUUCUCUUUGAAAUCACAGGACGAGGAAAAAAUAAAUCUGUGGAGCUGGAGGAUGUCAAGUUCCACCAGUGUGUGCGGCUGUCACGUUUUGACAAUGACCGCACCAUCUCCUUCAUCCCACCAGACGGCGACUUUGAGCUCAUGUCCUACCGACUGAACACGCAGGUGAAGCCCCUCAUCUGGAUUGAGUCGGUCAUUGAGAAGUUCUCUCACAGCCGAGUAGAGAUUAUGGUUAAGGCAAAGGGCCAAUUCAAGAAGCAGUCAGUGGCGAACGGUGUCGAGAUAGCUGUGCCAGUCCCAAGUGACGCCGAUUCUCCCAAGUUCAAGACCAGCAUCGGCAGUGCAAAGUAUCUGCCUGAGAAAAGCGUCGUCAUCUGGAGUAUCAAGUCCUUCCCGGGCGGCAAGGAAUACUUGAUGCGAGCUCACUUUGGGCUACCCAGUGUUGAGAACGAGGAGCUGGAGGGCCGUCCACCCAUAUCAGUCCGGUUUGAGAUCCCCUACUUCACCGUCUCUGGGAUUCAGGUGCGGUACAUGAAGAUCAUAGAGAAAAGUGGGUAUCAAGCUCUCCCAUGGGUCCGCUAUAUCACCCAGAGCGGGGAUUAUCAACUCCGGACUCACUAGCCUUGUCGCCUUGGGGCCUUGAACAACCUCUAAAAUUGAUGCCUAGAGAACAGUUUAAUCCGCCCAUGCCUUCUUUGAAGCACACCAUCUGUGUCCUUCUAAAAAUGUUGUCCUGGUUAUUUCUUGGCCUCCUUGCAGCUACACAGGGGAUCAGUUGUUGGACUAUGCUGUGCAGCGUCUGAAAGGAAAACAAGAGCCCCGCUGUUGAUAUUUUUGUGCUACUUCCCUGCCUGAACUGGGAUUGCUUCUGGUGAAAUGUCAGCAUGCUCUUGCUUAUCAGAGUCCCCCGGUAGUGAGCUUUUUGGGAAUGUUUGUCCUCUGGAGCGCAUCAGACUAAGAACAUUACUCCCUUUCGAUUUGGCCUGGCAGCUCGGGCGGCAAGCGAUCAGUUCUGCCUUGCCUUGUAGGUCACAAAUAGAAGAUAAUUCAGCCCAUUGAAAGCUGGAGCUUCCAUUUCCUUUGAUUAGAUAUGGAUUCCUGUUCUGAUGCAGGUUGAAGAGGAAGCAGGAAAGGGUGCAGAGAACUCGGCCUAGAAGUCUGUAUUCCACUGUCAGUUCAGGGCUUGGAUUCUCUGUGAAGUUAUAACUUGUUUUCUCCACUUCACUAUCUAUAAAGUGAGAAUAUAAACUGCCUGCUUAUGGGAUCAUUGUGAAGAGGAGUGAGACAGGUGACUACUUUUUCCUUCUGAGAUAAUGAUAAAUUAUAAAUGCAAGUGAAAUCAAUAUAUUGUAAGAGGGUGAUGGUUAUAAUGUGUAUCAUUAUAUACAUCACUUGCCUUUUGUUUUGCUGUGCUGUCUGUUUCAUUGGCCUGAGCCCUGAGCCCUGAGCCCUGCUCCACAAUAAACCACACUCGUUGGUGAUUAUUCUA